CUGACAUGGACCACGUUGUGAGAAGAGCUGCCAUCUCGGUCCUUAUUCCAGUUGCCAUGGCAACGGCAAUCACGUGGCUGGGCUGUUUUGACAGCGUGGUCACUGAGCUCGGCUUCCAACACUACGGCGAGCACCCUGACCACAGCAUCCCCUUCUUACCCUCCCAACUCAAGAUGCCUGCCAACACACUGGUCAACAUGGGGUACACCCUCCUCGGAGUCAUGUGGAUUCGCAAGUUUCUUAAAGACAGAAACGACGGCACCAUUACAGACCGCGACCUUUCUGUAGGUUCUGUGUUCUGCUGGAUGGCGGUGGUGUAUGGACCGGUCCAGUUGCUGCGUAUCGUGAGCCAGCAGCACAGGUUCGCCGUGAUGGACCAGUGGUGCACCCUGCCCUUCUUCGCUUGGGUGGUGGUGAUGAGCGAUUACCUCAUGCAAGGAUGGAACACGAGAAGGACUUUAACUGUGAUGGCGUUUUCAUGUGCAAGCUAUGCCCUUGCUCUUGUUCAUGACCUUGGUUUUGAGGUUGCUCUAGGGGUUCACAUACUGUUUGCCGUACUGUAUGGCAUGCAGAUUUUACAAGCAAGCCAAUCGAAACUGCUGAAAUCAAAGCUACGCUGGGCAUUGCUGAUGGCAAUUCUAUCUUGUGCAGGAUUUGUUGUGUUGAAGCUCCUUGACUUGCACCUGGCCAGGUUUUCAGUGUUUCAUCGGUUCUCAGGACAUUUCUGGUCCAAGGUGGCAGACAUAAUGCAGAUACAUUUUGUAUGUAAGUUCUUUCACCCCAUCAUGGAGCAAAAUGCCAAGAAUAAGAAAAUAUGAAAUGUAAGGUGUUAGGUUAAAGUUUAAAAGAACUUACCAAUAAAUGCAUGUGUUGAC